ACGUUGUUCUUCUGGUUAUGAUUUUGCCAACCAAAAUCAAAUCGAACCACCCGAUAUCGCACAAAAUGCACUCUCGGUGGGAUUCAAUCCUAUCCUCCUGCAUCGAUGCAACGCAUUCAUCGCAUUCCUUGCCCCCACCUCUCUUCCAGCCAAAACCAUGUACCCACGAACAACAUAUCGAUUCAUCCAAGCGCGGGGGUCCCGGAUUACGGGGAAGAAACAACCGAGCUAUUAUUAUUUGUAAAUUGGUUUCGUUCAAUCCAUAAAUAUUAAUUUCAUUGAAUAAUAAUGGUUUCGUUAUUCGAUUUAUGCAUUCCUAUCCCCCCUUCGACUGUUGGACCCCUUGUUGCUCAAAUCUAUCAUCAUACGACGAAGCGACGGGAGAUGGGGCUGUGAGGGGGGACAAUACCCAAUCGGAUAUGGAAAGAGGAUUUACGGAUCCGACCGAUUGCCUGCCAUGCUGCCGUGCCACUUCAUUUCCAUCCGAACGCACGCUCUGGGAAUUUCUGCGCCCGUCCGGGAUCCCCCCGUAAAUGGAAGUGCAAUUUUGCAUAUUGCAGGCUCCCGCGAGAGCGGAGGAUAGAAGCGAGUUGGUUGUGCUUGCAACACUGCACUGACGCUGUCUGUGCCAGUGGAGGAAGUUUAUCAAUUGGUUCGCUGCAUGGAGCCGCGCGUCGUACGUACGCAGUCGAGGCGUGGAACGAGAUAUUGAAUUAGAGAUUACUGAAAAGUAUCGAAUUUUUCUAACAAUUCUAUGUUUUCUUAUCCAAAGUCAAAAGGCAUCUAAAGAUUCAUUAUUUAGUUUAUACGACUCAUUAGUUCGUAUCUUUCGGUACAUUUUUCUCAAUUUUUGUCGAAAAUUUGUUUUUUUUUUUUAGUUUGUGUCCUACCCCUUUCUAAUUCCAAUUUCAGUUUUCGGUAUUCAGGUCUUCGCCAAGAAGAAACAUUUGCGAAUCCUUUGUAGAAAUAUUGUCGAAAUGCCAAGGUUAAUCACAAACGUCAGACCGAAACUAAACGUUAUGCGCGAUCACCAUGAUAAUUACAUGGAACGAGCUCACCAAUUCCUACAAGCAUAUUUGUCAAUAGCCCAGCUCCAAGAACUGAAAUACAGGCAAAAACGAAUCACAUUCGCUAGAACCUCUAUUCCAUACCCAGUUUCCAUUAAAAAUAAGAUUUUUCAGAUCAGUAAAAUUUUCAGUCCAGUCGCUAUUUUGAAACCUCUAAUAGUGUGUUGAUGGAGUUGCUCUUAAAAAGCAAUGCCAAACAAUAUCCUAUUGUGUUCGCGCGCGUCACCUCGCGUUGUCACGGUUCCAAAUCGCAGUGUUUUAUGUUUGUUUUCGCCAAUUUUUAGUUUUUAAUUGUGCCGAAAUGAAGUGGAAAAUUAUCCAGGAUCGAAGAACGCGAUCAUGGACGGAAUCAAAAAUGAAAGCUGCUCUCGAAGCAGUGAAAGCUGGAUGCAGUUAUAUAGAUGUGGCUCGUGCUUACGGUAUACCCACCAACACCUUGUUCUGCUACGUGCAUAAACUACUGGACGUUUCCGAGCUUCCUAGUGAAUUUUUGGUGCUAAAUCGAGAACAGGAAGAAGAACUCGUUCAUCGAGUAAUCGAUGCGAUCCGUUCGACGAACGAACUGAAUCGGACAUUAAUACGGCAAAUGGCAUUUCGAAUUGCUGAAGAGUAUUCAUUAUACCAUAGGUGGAAGAAAGGGAUGGCAGCAAAGUUGUGGCUGUGCAGCUUUCUCCAGCGGCAUCCCGAAAUCGAGGCGUUCCAUGAAGCCUUGUUCGGUUCCGAUCCCAUAUUGCCGGCGCAGAUUUGGAACGGAGACGAAUCUGGUUACUGGACCGGUUCUGAUGGAGGGUCGGUCGUGUUUGCAUCGACACCGCAGACGCAACCGUCGCCGGUGGUACCGCCGGUGGCGGCCGCACCCAGCCCGGUGCAGGCUUCCGUGCCCCGCAAGUCGGACUUCCCGCCGACGACGGGCCUCCCGCUGAGCAACGGACCGCUGGCGGGACUGGCCGGCAGUGCCAGCCCAGUGCAGGUGCCGCCCGGAGCGGCCAAUGCGGGCGGCGGCCCGGCACCGCCGGCGCCAUCGCCCGCUCCGGCGGCACUGCCGCCGCCCAGUCUGCCACCGCCUUACCCCGCGACACCAAUGCAGGUUAGUAGAGAUUUUCUUUUUUGUUAUGGAAAUUAGAAGAAAUGAGGCCCAAUUUUUAUGCUGCUUGUCCGAGAACGGGUAAAAUGCGUCAUGAAUUUGCGAUAUAUUUGUUUUUAUGUUAUGAAAAUAAAUCAUAAAAAUCGUCAUGAAAUCAUGACCCGUUUUGUCGUAACACAGCCUCGACGUAACGUUUUCCGUAUUGAGAGAUGAAAAGGAUUAAUUGUAGCAUGAAAUCUUGACGUAUGAGCUCUAGAAUCAUGACAAUAAUUUAUGAAAUCAUAAGGCUUUAUUUAUGAAACUGAUGCUUGUUAUGUAUAACUUUUUAUUGAUUUUUUUAUUGAUUAUGUAAAUGCUCCUAAUUCCAAUCAUGUUUUGUGGUUCUAGCCCCAAAUCCCAAGCCGAAAUAUCCCAAAAAAACCGUCCUUUCAGUGGAUUUGACGACUUUUUGUGGGCUGUUCCGAAUUUUUUGGUUCGCCAAAACCUGUGUCGUCGUCUACCCUCUUUCUCACGAUUUUGAAGGUAUAAGUUUCGGUUUCUCCUGCGGUGACGUAGCGGAAAUUCGGGUCGAUUGUUCACAACAAGUGAGCAAACAAAUGUUCCAAAUUCUAGAUCAUAAUACAUAGUAGAAUCUGAGAUUUAUAUCUGCAAUGUCGAAUGAUUGCGCUGAUGUAGCGUGUCCCCUUAACACGAAACAUUGCCCAUCAGAGAAUGGUCAUGCCAAAACUAAUGACUUCACUAGUUUGUCUAACGCACGGCAUAAAGAUUACAAGGCAGGCUAGUAACCUAUGUAAACAUCUAUUUUGGAUGUAAACAUGUGACAUCAUUCUUAUCGUCUUUCACGUUGAUCAAAUCAAGCCUAACUUUAACCUAACUUUUUAUCACUCACCUUUGGGGAUGAUUUUUCACGUUUCCGAAAUGCUCAAUGUAUGAUUUGCUAUGGGAACAGCGAACUUCCCCUUCGCUUUUCGCCGUUCGUGGAUUUUGUUACAUACGGUAUUUGAUAAAGUUAGGCUUGAAAUUGGUGUGGAGUACUAGAUCACCCAAGAACGAUUUGAAUUACGCCAUCAAAAAGCUGUCAGAUUUCGGGAAUAUAUCACCUCCUGUACACCGUGGUCUAACGAAUGGAAAGCUUGCACCCGUUUGCUUUGAUACACAGUUUCAUAAUGUUGAUUUAUGGUUUCAUGAAUUGGAGUCAUGAUUCCAUAACUCAGCGUCAUGGUUCUACUGACAAGCCUGGAUAAAACAAAGAGGAGAAACGAAUUGGAACAGUCGAUAUUCUGUCAUCCCCAUAGUUCCAAUCGAGCAGAAAACCUGUCAAAACGACCAGGAUUCGUCACUUUGUUAUGCUCGAGACACUUAAGGUUCCACGAUUCAGUGGCAUGAUGUUUGAUAUAAAUGAAAACAAUGAUAGGUUUAUUUCAACGUCUUUGGCUACCACGGCUUUUGGCAUGAAAAUGGUUAGAAAUAUAUGAGUUUCCACAAUUCUGGUUUUCCCAGGAGUUUUUCUCAAGAUUUCUUCCAGAGAUUCUCACUAGAUUUCUCCCAAAAUUUCUACAGAAGUUUUAAAGAUAAGUUUUCUCCGGAAUUUCUUCCAGCUGUUUCCCCGGCAUUACUCCCAGUUCCCAGUGCCCCUCACGGGCUUCCUUCUGCAAUUUCUUCACGAAAAUUUUGUGAGAUUUCAUCUAAAGUUUUUCCCAGGAUAUUUCUUAAAGUUUCAUUUAAAAUUUCCCUCAGAGUUUCUCCCGUAACAGAAUUCUUCCGGUUUUGUUUUCGUGAUGUUUCUCACAGUUUUUCUUCCGGAGUUCCUUUUAGGAUUUCUGCACGACUUAUUGCUGAUUUCUUGUGGAUUUCUUCCCCUAUUUCUUUCGAAGAUCGCUCAGAGAUUUUACCGGAAAUUGUCCUGGGACUCCUUUGGGUUUUACUUUUUGGAAUUUGUAAUUGAUACUCCUAGAGUUGUUGGCAAGAUUUUUAAAGAUUUUUUUUUUUGCAUACCUUUUGGGAUAACCUACGAGAUUCCUUGUGAGAAUCCCGCGAGGAACUUCGGCAAGAACUAUAGCAGAAAUCUCGAGAGGAAUUUUAAUAAAAAAAGGAGAAAAUCCGGGAUAUCCGAAAAAACAAAACUUCUGGGAGUACUCCCACGAGGAAAUAUUAGGGAAAUUCUGAGAGGAACUCUGAAAACUUCAAAGAAAAAAAAACUGGUAUGAACUACGGCAAAAAUCUCGCGAGGAAGUCUAGGAUAAAUCUCGUGAAGAAAUCUUGGCAGGAACUCUGGUAGUAAUCCCAAAGACAACACUCAGAAAUUCCGGAAGGAACACUGGAAAGAUCCCGAUAGAAGCUCUUGGAGAACAUCCUGGAAAAUCUCUGGAUGAAAUCUUAAGAGAUUUUUUUUUGAAAAAAUGCAGAAACUUCAGGAAACAAUCCCUGGAUAAAUUCAAGAGACUUCUCCGGGAUAAAUCGUGAAAUAAUUCUGUAAGGAACUGCAAAUGAAUUUAAUGGAGAAUGCGCGGUAGAAAUCUUAGAAGGAACAACUGAAAUAAACCUACAUUACGUUGUUUCUUGUUCCUGAUUGCAAAACACCAUGAAACAGCCGCCAUUUUGAAUUUUACCGCUAUCUUGCACUUUAGUCCGCCAUCUUGGAUUAUUUUAUAACCACGUAUACCCAUUUUGCGUGGUAUGAAAGUCUAAAACUUUACAAAACAGCCGUGGGCAUCUUUCCCAUACCAAAUAUACCUAUAUCGUUUAGUUGUAGAGGCUUUCAUUCAAUAAAUCAGACGCCAUCUUGAAUGUUAGUCCGUCAUCAUGGUUUUUUUGGUAAAAAAAAUUGCGGACUCCGGACAUUAUGAUUUUAGAGCCAGAAACCCCACUAAACAGCCCCCAUUUUUUUUUGGUACGCCAUUCUGAAGUUUGAUUCACCAUCUUGGCUUCCCGAGGACCGAAAGACUUACUAGCGCCACCUACUGAGCAAUCCAAGAAUCAACUAGUUCAUCGUCAGAUAGCUCUUGAUUUCCUUUGCCAAAGGCGAAAUUCUAUUGCAAAGCAAGGAUUUCAAGAUACAGAAAUGUUCAAAUUUUCAGGACUCAAGAGACACCUUGCGGAUAGACCAAGAAUCAACUAGUUCACCAUCGAAUAGCUCUUGAUGUCCUAAUCAAGUUUGCGGAACACGAAAUACAUCUGUGUAGGCUGAUUCUCGAGAUACAAAAGUUUUCGAAACUCACUAGCGCCACCUAAGUGAGUAAACCUAGACACAGCAAGCUCCCCAUCGGAUAGCCAGUGAUGGCCUGCUGAUCAACGUUACCGAAGGCAAAAUUCUUAUGUAAGGUCUGAAUCUACAGAUACAGAUACAGAAGCUUUCAAAUAUCUAAGUCUCACUAGAGGCACCUGGUGGAUGAACCUAGAAUCAGCUACAUCAUCAUCGGAUCGCCUUUGCCGAAGAUUCCGCACUCAAACCAAGAAAAGUUUCAACUUGGGCUAGGUCAGGUAGGGUCAGGUACCCUAUACACUGGAUGUUGGCGCAACCCCUAACAAAGCAAAAUGCUUCAUGUUAAAUACAGCCACCUACUGGAACCAAUAUGUACUGAAUUACGUACUUUCGGAGAGAGCCUCUCUGAUCUCCUGAACAACUUUGAGUCUCUGCGACCUUUCGUUUCCCCAGGGUGAUUCAAAUGUCUAGAUUAUUGCAUAUACCUACAGGCUUUAUAAUAUUUUGUGAAGAAAAAUUUUAAUGAAUCUUCUGAAGAGAAGUCUGGAAUGGGUUUCGCACCCUUGAUGUUGGAUGGAAUGAACUCACUUUUGAAUACUAUUGUUCUAUCGUGUAAGCUAUGCUACGGGAAAAAUCAGAUGCUGGUAAUUGGCAAAAUGAGUCGUGAUUUCGAAAAAAAUGAGUGUUUUCUUGUCAUAAAAAUACAUCGAGAAAAAAAGGUCAUGAAAUCAUGACUCAUUUUUCCGCAUGAAAAAGGAUGUAGAAAAGAGGCAUGUUGAGUCAUGAUAUCAUGAACCAUACGCAUUGGAAUCAUGACAUAUGUUGAUGAUCUUACUUAAGCUUCAACUUAGCCGCCAUAAACUGAAAGCUUCAGCGAAGGUGAAGUCCAGAUGAUAGUUUUAUUGUUCAUGUGAACCGUCUUUUGCGUCAUGAUAUAUAUCAUAAAUUAUAGUAAUAUCAUGAAGCAGCCCAAUAGAUACAAGUCAAUUUUAAGUUUUUAAAAGCGUCUUUCAGAAGUUCCUUCGGGGAUUCCUCCUGAAACAGAAAUUCGGGGACAUCUCUUGCAAUUCCUUCGGGAUGCCUCAUGGACAUUUUUCAGAGAUUCCUUCAGGAGUUUCUCUAGGAGCUCCUUCAGGAAUUGCUCCAGAAGUUCAUUCAGUGAUCUCUCCAGGAGUUCCUUCGAGCGUCUGCCCAGCAGUUCCAGGAGGAUUCAAGGAUGCCUCCAGGUGUUUCAUCAGGGAUUCCUUGAUAAGUUCCCUCAGCUAUUCCAACAGGAGCGCCCUUAUGAAUUCUUCCAGAAAUUACUUCAGAGAUUCUAUUAAGUGGAUUCAGGAACGCCUCCUGGAGAUGUAUCAAGAGUUCCUCCAGAAGUUUCUUUCAGCAAUUCCUACAAGAGGUUACUUAGAAAUGUGUCUAGGAGUUCCUUCAGAUAUUUUUUCUGAAGUUCUUUCGGAGAUUCCUCCAGGAGUUGCAGGGAUUUGUGCAGAUGUUUCUUCAGUGAUUCCUCCUGGAUUUUUUCAGCGAUUUCUCCAGAGAUCUCUCCAAGCGCUCUUUCAGGAAUCUCUCCAGAAUUUGCGUGAGAGAUUCUUACAGGAGCAUCCAAGGAUACCUCCAGGAGAAUACAGGGAUUCCUCUCUAUAAGUUUCUUCAGGGAUUUCUACAGAUUUCAUUCAAGGAUUAGCCCAGGAGUUCGCUCUAAGAUUCCUCCAGGACUUCCGUAGGGGAAUCCUCGAGAACUUCCUUCAAAGACUCUUCUAGGAGUUCUUCCAAGAAUUGUGCUCCUGAAGUUCAUUUGGAGAUUUUUCCAGGGAUGCCUCCAGAAGUUACAUCCGAGAUUUCUCCAGGAGUUCCUACGGGAGUUCCUGAGAGUUCUUCCAGGGAUUCUUCUGGGGGUUCUUUUCAGCAAAUCUCCCGGAUAUCCUUGAAGGAUCUCUGAUGGAGUUUCUACAAGAAUUCCUUCGAGUUUUCUUUCAGGGAAUCCUCCACGAUCUCCUUCUGGAAUUUCUUCUGUUUUUUUUGGGGGGAUUCCUCCUGAAAAUCCUUAUGGGAUUCCUCCGAAAAAAAAACACCUUUGUGGAUUCUUCCGAAAUUUCCUGCGGGGAUUCGUCCUGGGCUUCCUUCGGGGCGUCGUCCUGGAUUCCGUCGGGGAUUCCUUAUGAAAAUCCCUCGAAGAUUCCUCUUGGAAAUUCUCCCCCCUCCCUGGAGAGAUUCGCCAAUGCUGACUUCAUGGUCGAAUUUCGGUCACGCCGAUUCUUACCACCGUCGCCGAAUGUUGCCGCCGCCACCGGCCUAAAAAUGGCCAUUCCCAACUAACAUUUUGAUGACCGAUUUAUCUUGUAGAGGUUUUAAGAACCGCCACAAAACCUAUUACCUUUUAAUUUGGUUCUAUGAUGGUCUAAGAACCUCUUCUAAACUAUUUGACUAAAGACUGUUACUUGGGUUACGCCGUCGCCGAGCAAAAUAUAGUCGGCGCACAGGUCUAAUCAUGAAGCUUCAAUUGGGUUUUUAAAUUUUGAAAAAUGUAUUGAUUUUUCGUUUUUAUACGAAAGAGCAUAUUUUUCUGAGCCACCAUAAUUUUUUUCAGAUUUUUAGCACUUAAUUGUGAUACCUAAAAUCAAUUUCAAAGAUAUUUUUUGAAAUCACCUUUUGACAGCUGGACAACUGCUUGACAGUUCCGCUGUAGGAAGCAAUCAAACAAUGAUGUUCUCUUCUCCAAGGUUUAUUUCAGAAUGAUCGGUAGUUCUGUCAUUAGUAUUAAACAAUGCCUACCUAGAUUUAACUUAUACACUAAGGGUCUGUGUCAAUUGGCGAAUUAAAAUUAAUUUUUACUUAAAUUUGACAGUUCAACACUUAAACUUGACAGUUUUCCUAAGGAAAUAAUUAUCGAACUGUCAAGUUUAAGUGAAAAUUAAUUUUAAUUCGCCAAUUGACACAGACCCUAAGGCCUACUACAGCUCGGCCAUCCUGACAAUCUCGAUGCCCUCAUCGAGACAGCCAUCAAUUUUGAUUUUUUUUUUGUUCGAUGAAUUUUCAGGAAAUGGUUGACGUCCUCUUCCGCGUGUCCAAAAGAUAGCGGCAUCAUCGAAAUUUGUUUGAAAGCUUUCACCGUGGCAAAGGUUCCAAUAAACUUCUAGCUCCAACUUCUUCAGCAACAACUUGUUAUUUUUUCAAAAGCUUGAAAGUGUUUCCAUGAGUUAAUUUGCUCUUGUUCUCUUGCACUUCUCUUCAGUGGAUUGUUCUCAAAGCUUUUCAAUUGGCGAAUAUUCCAUCCCCUAGAAUGGAAUUCGCAGUUUUGAAUCGGCUUGAAAACUUUCUGUCCCUCAGACUUCGCGAGAAUUCUUGCAGUUCUUCCGUCUCGGGCGAGAUCUCCAACCCCUAGAUUGGAUUCCGCUUUUUCGAUUUCGCUUUACUGCAUUUUCCAGGAAACAGUUGAAUCUGAAGACCAUUGGCGAUCCCACUUCUGAUGUUGUAGGAAGCAAUCAAACAAUGAUGUUCUCUUCUCCAAGGUUUAUUUCAGAAUGAUCGGUAGUUCUGUCAUUAGUAUUAAACAAUGCCUACCUAGAUUUAACUUAUACACUAAGGCCUACUACAUCCGCCCAGUACAAAAUGCGACCAGGGGUGAUUCGACAAAUCGCUCCCAUACAAACUUCAAAUUGAUUUUUAAAUAGGUUCCCGGGCUCCAAAAAUCAUAAAAAUUUGGAUUUCGGCUCAGUUUGGCAUAUAGAUUCAGAAUAUGAGAUUAUAUCAACACUGCUAAAGAAGCCAAUUGCCAAUUGAAUGAUUUCAAAAUACUUAGUCAUGAAUCUGACGAUUUUUUCCCAAAAGCUGAAUUUGGAGACAAGUUAAUUUUAAGUUUGUCGUUAAUAAGUUCAUUUCUAGGGAUGUUCAGUAAGAAAAUUGAGUUUUCUUCUUUCCGCAACGAAUUAUGUAAUCGGUAAUCACUGAUGAUGUCAUUCGUUCAUUGCAAAUAAAGCAAUAUAUUCAUGUUGAAGUCAUUUUAGAGAGAAAUCAUAAAUCGUUAAUCAAACGAUCGAUCACAGUCCUCGUCAUAAUUUUAAUAUGUAUAUCUUUUUACAUAACUUGAUUCAGUAGGCGGUGACCACGCUGCACAACUCGUGCUUACCUUGUUAUACUGACUAAAACCGUCAAGAUAAAACUGGCAUAAAAUAUUAACGAUUUAUUUUUUUUUUCGUCCACCAAAUCUGUCGGUUUUUACUGGUUUUACAACCCACAAUCGCGCGCGGUAGGCGGCGGUUAUCGCCGGACCGCGGUAUAGGUAUAGGCAUUCAACCAGACGAAGGGAACGGGUUCCGUCCGGAGUUCGAUUCCGUUCCGUCCGGUGGGAGCCUAAUUUGCUGCCUAAUUGUCAUCUUGAUCGUUUGCGUCGACAUUUAAACUGACGUUUAUUACUUUGCCUGUGACUAGUGUGCCUGGAUGAUGACGACGACAACGACCAAGUAGGCUGCUUGAGUAUCUUGGGUCGAAGUAGGCCGAUUGCCACCACCACGCACCACGGGGAGGUUUCAUGCGAUAGCCAUUUUUAUGACUUUCGAAAUCCACCUCCUCGAGCACCGUAAUCGAGGAGGGUCAAAUCCAUUAUUGAGUCAUAAUCGUAAAUUAUUCAAUUUGAUUUCCAUUCCGAUUUUACCUUUUUGAUACGAGUGAGUUGGGCCGAAGAGCUUUGCUUUCGCUUACAAAUCCGGAUAGACCACUCCCGUUAGACUCGGCAUCCAUUUUUUAAGAUUUUUAUAACAAUUACUUACGCUUGCGCGAAAAUGCUUUAUGUCAUUCCCAAUUUUUUUUAAUUAUUUCAAAACUUAACAAUUUUGAUAUUUUUAUUCAUUCGAUACUUAUGUUUCAUAUUUUGUAAUGUCAUUCGACUUGAACUUCCCUAGAAAAAAACGCAUUACACUGAAAGAAAAUCACAUUUUAAAUUCACUGGUAUCAAUCAGUAACUCUUUGAAAUUGAAAACUUCAAUUGUUUUACAAAGCUUGAGUGAAAUCUUAAAGCAGGUUCCUGGAAGAUCUUAGGAUAACUUCAAGAGCAGCGUGUGUAUGGAGAUGUCAGCGUCUUCGCCGUGGCGUUAUCGAGGUGAUUCCGACCAGAUCCGGCCAUAACCUAUAAUGAUCGCCCGCAAUAAACCACCACCGGACCUAGGGGCAAGGCAGAUCUAACGAGAGCAAAUCUGUGCUCGAAAUGUUGUUCAGAAUUCCUCACACUUCCUCAGAUUUUUUCCCAUUUAUACCAAAGUGUGAUCUGGCACCACUGUCAAACUGCAAAGUGUUGCGUGUGCUGAAUGAAAACUGCAGUUUGGCGGUGUCUUUCAACAAAUUUCUUCGAUCAUUGAUAAACUGUGUAACUCAGAAUUGCUCAGAGUUGCUCUCGUUUGCACAGUGUCUUGCCCCUAGCACCGGACGGACGUCAAUGAAAGAAAAAAAAAUCCCAAUAUAGGCCUACUGCGCGUGGAGUCGUGCUCGCCUUAUUAUCAGCCUGUUAAAUAAAACUUUCCUCUAGCGACUUGUUUUAUCUAAUAUGGAAGUCCGGAGUCCGCUUCCCUUUGUCUCCAAUGGUGGACCGUCAUCGGAUAAAAUAGUUUCGACGAUGAGUCCCUAGUUCGUUAAAAAGUGACUUAGUCGCAUAAAAAGUUCCGUGGGUGAUCGCUGAUGAAAUAUACUCAUUUUUUUAAAGAGUAAAGUUUUUAGUAGUCCACCGAUGGACGUUACAGUUGGACUUGGACGUUAUGGCCGUUGUUUUCCGUUUUCGGCUCUGUAAUUGAGCCAUUAAAGGCAAUACAAACGAGGGGAAAACUGGAUUUACAAUACACGAACGAUGGGAUGGGCUAUUUGAUCAUCGCGAUAAGUGCUCGAAACAAGCUUUGAAUUUGUAAUGGAAUUGCGCGUUUCUCGUCCGGUUUAAUGGCACCUAAUUAGUAAUUGGCCAGAGGCGGUCGGUAGCUUAUCUGUGAAUGAUCUUUAGCUUUCGUGUACAUAUCAUCCAGUUUGUGAAGGGAAGCAGCAACUCGAAUCAAGCUAUAUCAUUCAACUAUGAUAUAUGUAAUAAUUUUAUGUAUGUUAAUGUUGUCAUAAAGUCAUGCAUAAACUAUCUCAUGAACUAAUUACACAUGAAAACAUACAUAACGCUCCUAAUCGUGAUCAUCACGUGGUGUAACGACUAUUUUGAAAAUUAAGCGUAGUUUGUGUUGAACGUGACAUGGGGUAUUGUACCAUUUGGGCAGGUGUACCUAUUUUGGGCACUUGCCGCUAUAACAAGGUCAAUUUCAAACGGAUUGAUUUGAAAUUUUGUAUAGA